UGACGCUUUGCGUGACGGUGAAGCUGUUGUCGGUGGUGUCGGAGGCUACGGGCGGUGAGGGGCAACCGGGUAGCAGGUAUUGGAGUUUAGAAAGGAAUUCAAUGCAAACAGGAUUUUGUAUCCAGCGGCAUCAAGUUGCUCUUGGGCCUGAAUACAGCAGUCCCGGCAUGCAAGGAAAUGAAUGAACAAGACAUUACGGGUAUGUGCUGACCAAAAAGAAGCUUCUCUGUCAUCACCAGACCAUUCACAGUGCCUUGGUGAAGAUGGGGUUUGGCAGUGAACUGAAGUUAUCACACGAUGCUUUGCUAAAAUUACAAGACUGGGAACUGCGUCUUUUGGAAACUGUGAAGAAGUUUAUGGCUUUGAGAAUUAAGAGUGACAAGGAGUAUGCAUCAACCUUACAGAAUCUAUGUAACCAAGUUGAUAAGGAAAGUGCACCACAUCCCGAUUACAUAAGCAAUGUUUCCAAGUCAUGGUUGCAUAUGGUACAGCAGACAGAACAGCUGAGCAAAAUCAUGAAGACCCAUGCUGAGGAACUCAAUUCAGGACCACUCCACCGGCUGACAGCUAUGAUCAAAGAUAAGCAGCAAGUAAAGAAGAGUUACAUCAGUAUUCAUCAGCAGAUAGAAGCAGAUAUGUGCAAGGUUACAAAAACGGAAUUGGAAAAGUUGAAAUCAAGUUACAGGCAGCUAACAAAAGACGUCAACUCAGCCAAAGAGAAGUUCAAAGAAGCUGUAACAAAAGGAAAAGAGACUGAAAAAGCCAGAGACCGAUAUGACAAAGCCACCAUGAAACUCCAUAUGCUUCAUAAUCAGUAUGUUCUAGCGCUUAAAGGAGCUCAACUUCACCAGAACCAUUAUUAUGACUCAACACUUCCACUUCUACUCGAUUCUCUUCAAAAGAUGCAAGAGGAACUGAUAAAAGCUCUUAAAGGAAUAAUACAAGAAUAUUGUCAGAUUACCAGCUUGGUCUCAGAGGAAAUAGUGACAGUCCAUAAAGAAAUCGAGACGUCUGUAGAGGAAAUAAAUCCAAGUACUGAAUAUGAUGGUUUCAUUGAAAAAAACAGGUCAAUAGAGAUCAAGGAACAACAACAAAUAGAAUUUGACUUGACUUUGCUAGAAGAAAUUGAAAAUCUGCAAGCUAAUGAGAUCAUAUGGAAUAAUACCACUGCAGAUAGUUUAAAUUCAAUGUUAAAAAUGGCUUCUGACGAACUUGUGCAGGUUCAGCAAAGUAUUUCGAGUAAGGAGGAACUCCUGGCUGAACAAGAAAAGAACAUAGAGGAUUCUGCUCUUACUUGUGAAAAAAAAUCUGACAUUGUGCUACUGCUUAGCCAAAAACAGGCACUUGAAGAACUCAAGCAGACAAUACAACAUCUUAAGUGCACAGAGGCCAAAAUAUCUGCUCAGAAAGAGUUACUGGAUCAGAAAGUACAAGAGAAUGAUGGAAAAGAGCCACCCCCUGUAGUAAAUUAUGAAGAGGAUGCAAGGUCUGUCACUUCAUUGGAUAAGAAAGAAAAGGUAUCAAAGUUUGAUACGUUACGUCAUUCCAUAGCAGGAAUUAUACGGUCUCCGAAAUCCAUGCUGGGCUCUUCAUCCGUCUUUGAUGUAAUAUCAGCCAGUGAAAAGCCUUUGUCAGACCAGGACUGGUAUCAUGGUGCAAUCCCAAGAGUGGAAGCUCAAGAACUAUUAAAGCUACAAGGGGACUUCUUGGUGCGGGAGAGCCAUGGGAAACCUGGUGAAUAUGUCCUUUCUGUGUUUUCUGAUACACAACGGAGGCACUUUAUCAUACAAUUCGCUGAUAAUCAGUACAGAUUUGAAGGAACUGGUUUUCCCACUAUCCCUCAACUAAUAGAACAUCACUAUACAACCAAACAAGUGAUAACUAAGAAAUCCGGUGUUGUCCUGCUGAAUCCUGUUGUUAAGGAUAAAAAAUGGAUUCUCAAUCAUGAAGAUGUGACACUUGGAGAACUACUGGGGAAAGGCAAUUUUGGUGAAGUGUUUAAGGGGACAUUAAAAGAUAAAACACAGGUUGCUGUGAAAACAUGCAAAGAAGAUCUUCCUCAGGAACUUAAAAUCAAAUUUUUAUCUGAAGCGAGAAUACUGAAGCAGUAUGACCAUGCCAACAUUGUUAAGCUUAUUGGAGUGUGCACACAAAGGCAGCCUAUUUACAUUGUUAUGGAGCUGGUGCCAGGUGGUGACUUCCUUACUUAUUUAAGGAAAAGGAAGGAUGAUAUGAAACCCAAACAGCUAGUGAAGUUUUCCUUAGAUGCUGCUUCUGGGAUGGCCUAUCUUGAAUCUAAAAACUGCAUUCAUAGGGACCUAGCAGCACGGAAUUGCCUAGUAGGUGAAAAUAACGUAUUGAAAAUUAGUGACUUUGGCAUGUCUCGUCAAGAAGAUGAUGGAAUAUAUUCAUCUUCAGGUUUAAAACAAAUCCCUAUUAAAUGGACUGCGCCAGAAGCUCUUAACUAUGGCCGGUACAGCUCCGAGAGUGAUGUGUGGAGUUUUGGCAUCCUUCUGUGGGAAACCUUCAGUUUGGGAGUAUGUCCAUACCCUGGAAUGACAAAUCAACAAGCUCGAGAACAAGUAGAAAAGGGUUACCGAAUGUCUGCUCCACAGAAGUGCCCAGAGGAAGUUUUUAAAAUAAUGCAGAGGUGCUGGGAAUACAAGCCUGAGAACCGCCCCAAGUUUAUUGAAAUGCAGAAAGAGCUUGCUGUAAUCAAAAAGAAAAUAACAUAGUAACAACUUCAGUCAUGGACUUGUUUUGCGGCUCGUUAGUUCUUCCUGGUAUAUUUGUAAAUCAUGGCAAGUUUGCCAAAUAUUAUUGUAGUUCCCAUAUUUAGUUUAGCUAAAUGUGCCUUUGUCAGUUCAUAUCCUAAAAGGCACUCACAAAAAUGCCAAAAAAUGUGUUUUCUGAGACAACCACAAAAUCUGUACUCAAAAUGACAUAGUACAUAUUAGAAAGAAAAGUCCCACAAUUUGCACAUAUGUAGUGAUGCUUAUGGGUUUUUUUACGGCAACCUUUCCUACACAAUGUAUUUGGAAGAAGUUUUAUGUUCACAGUUCUCAUCUGAGACCUCCGUGAUUUUCCUUGUACUAAAACCAUUUUGGCAAAACAUUAACUUGUAGAUAUCUUCACUGUACUAUGCACUUAUUAAUGCAGUGCAAUGAUUUGGUUAACUUUUUUAUUUUAUGUAUUUUUUUGUAUGUGUGCACUUGUUUUUUGGGUCUUUUUUAAAUUAAGAAAAGAAUCUGAAAACUUUAGGAAGUGGUGUAAAAUAUAUUCUUAGCUGGCUGGAACUGAAAAAAAGCUUUUUUUACUUAAUUGUUGGAACGUAAUCCUUUUUCUUCCGGAUUUGCACGUUUUUCUUUCUCCGCAGAACAGUAAUAUAUCCCUGCUGUGUUGUGGGAGCUAAAUAUAUGAGAAAGGUAACUGUAAAGUCCAAUCCUUACUUUUAGGACCUUAAUUAGCUCUUACCUCUGCUAAAAUAUUAUUAUAUUUGUAAAUUAUUUUUACUAUGCAUUAAAACACCAGCUUCAAAUAUGAACCACUAAAUGGGUGUUACAUGAAAUGUGUGCAAGGUUAGCUUCCUUCAUGUUUAGCCCAUGCAGAACUCGAUCACACUAACAAAGUUUACAAAAAGUAGUUGCCACCUCUGAUAAAGUGGACUCCCCUGACAAAGUGAUAGUGUACUUAAAGUACCAGAUUGAUUAUGUUAGCACUGUAUUUAUAAAGAGAAACUCUGUGUUUCAGUACUAGAAUGUUCUGACGGUGCAAUAAUGUUUACUACAUUUGUAGUUAAAGGACCAGUCAACACUGUAGAUUUGCAUAAUCAACAAAUGCAUGAUAAGAAGACAAUGCAAUAGCACUUAGUCAACUUUAAAUGGGAAGUAGAUUUUUGUUAAAUAAAUUGCAAAGUUAUGUCUAUUUCCACUCCCUCUGUAUCAUGUGACAGCCAUCAGCCAAUCACAAAUGCAUUUACGUAUAUGCUGUGAAUUCUUGCACAUGCUCAGUAGGAGAUAGUGACUCAAAAAGUGUAAAUAUAAAAAGACUGUGCAUAUUUUGUUAAUGGAAGUAAAUUGGAAAGUUGUUUAAAAUUGACUGCUCUAUCUGAAUCAUGAAUUUUAAUUUUGA